AAUGGCAUGGAGCGGCCACCCUCAGGAGCCAUAUGUGAGCAACUUUAUAUUAGAAAAAGCAUCAACUUCAACAACAUUCCUACCUGUAGCUGCAGAUGCAUCUCAACAAUUUACUUCAGCAAGGUGCUUGAUGCUGGAACAUAAUUAUAGUUUUAUUAGCAAGCCUAAAGGAACAGCUGGAAAAGAUCUAAUGGCUCCACAGCGCACAAAGAUCAAGCAUCUUCAAGCAGAAAUAUCGCGUUGGCGAAAAAAAGGACAAUCUUUCAAAGCAAGGUUAAAAGGUGGUGCAGAUCGAUCAAUCGAAUUUUGUCAGGAAAAUUUGCAUAUGUGGGUGAAGACGAAACAAAAACAGCUGCCCAACAAUAUUAUGAUAAACAUAAACAUUAUAAAAAUAAAAAAUAAUAUGCAAACAUUCUAA